AUGGGCCUUCCACGCCUUCUUCUUGAAGCAGGUUUCGAGAACGAGCGCUUAAAGAUUCUUCGAGCCGAUAAGCAGCGCAUCCUGGAAACUGUUAUGGAGACGGAGACAUUUAACAAAGCCCAACAGAUUCUCAGGCGCUUUGACCCUUUGAUGUUGGCCAAACUCACUGUUAUGGAUCAUGAAGUUCGUACACCAGUGAAGUCCACAAAUACGUCGGAUGAGGUUUCUUCCCUUUUACGGCACCGAAGGAUCAAGGGUCCGGAUGGUGAUGCCUCCUCUGCUUCUCAAACACCGUUGCAGAAAUUCGCUUCCAAAGGUGAGGAUUUCCUGAGCAAUAUUGUGCAACUGCACCAACAGUAUGUAGCCUUUCGUUCCUUUGGCUGCAAAUGGGAUAGUUUAUCUUUACUUAUGUUCACCCCCACACUUUUCAGUUUCGACUAA